AUGGUGCUGCUAGCAGCGGACUGUCCAAGCUGUGGUGGUUGCUGUUCUCCAUCUGUCCCCGGUAACGUUAACCCGGGCUGGGGACAGGACAGAGGGGACUCCCGGUCCAUCUUACGUGGCCGCAGUCUACGAGCAUCAGGUGAUUCUGAACCCAGAGCCGCACGUGCCUCUGUCUCGGGCCGCGGCGCUCGAGCACAUGAUGAGGAACUGAAGGUCCAAGAGGAGCAGGCCGCGCGGCCAGCGGAACAGGGGGCUCAGAUCAUAGUAUUUCCAGAGGGCGGUAUCCAUGGGUUCAACUUCAGUCGUCUGUCCAUCUCUGGUUACCUAGAGACCAUCCCUGACCCACUGACGGAGGACUGGAACCCCUGUACACAGCCUGACAGACACAAUAACACUGAGGUCCUCCAGAGUUUGAGCUGCAUGGCUCGACGUCACCAACUAUACCUGGUGGCCAACAUGCCUGACCUCCAGCCCUGCCCUCUGACCUCUCACCCCACCUGCCCCCCCGACGGGCGCUGGCAGUUCAACACAGAUGUAGUCUUCAGGUCUGAUGGUUCCCUGGUGGCUCGCUACCACAAACAAAACCUGUUCUUCGAAAAGGAAUUCGAUACCCCGCCCAGACUAGAGGUGGUGACCUUUGACACGCCGUUCGCCGGACAGAGGCAAUUAGUUUGA